AUGCAGACCACUGAGCCGGGAGCUAUUAGCCCAUACUGCCAUACCAGCCGAAAUAACUCAUACCCUAUACCAGACCAUCACCCCAUACCAUCCGUAACAACACAAGUCCCCACAAAUUCUCAUAAACAUCCCUACAACACCCACACCCUCCCCUCCACAGCUCUACACAGUGAGAGAUAUAUAUCCAAAACUGGAAGGCCAGUAAACGUCGGAAAGACGGUGCGCCAUCAUGUGAGAGAUAGCGGGAGUCUUGAGGUCGGUGUAGUGCGAGUGACAGGUUGUGGCCAUAAAUGUAGCAAAGCUAGAACCCUUCUUUCGGUGGAUAUCUUGACACUACCACAGUACCGUAAGUUUGACCUUCCAUGUAGUGUUCCAGACGGACGGGAGUUCAGCUGGAUGACCACACGUAUAACCGCUCCAACGUGA